AAAUUGUACUUUAAAGGGACAAAAAGUAGUGGCGUUUAAACGUAUCAUAUGAUGUCAAAAUGUUCAUUUAAUUAAGUCUAUAAAAAUAACGAAGGCGAGUGCGCUCGCUUGCUAACGUUAGCCUGGUGACCUCUCCAACAGCAGUUGAAGUACAGGUACAGCUCAUGGAGCUAACAUCUGCCAUACACGGUCUUAAUCCGGAAAAGAUCUAUUGAAUGUACUUUGUCUAUCGAAACAUGGCUUGGUGAGGCGGGAAAACUCGUAAUCAAAAGUGCAUUAAUUAACGUUUUACUUAAAUUCAGUAAAGCAUGUUAUGUCAUUAACGCACACUUGAUGGCGCCAGAGCACCUCUGUCCUAUAUAGACACCAAAAUCUGAUACCUUUUGCAAAUAAAAAUGUUAUCGUGUGAAGAGGAAGGGCUUAAUUACGUUUACUAGCUCUUAACUCACCUCCUUUGUCGACAGAUAAAUUGUAAUCCUUUGACGAACAAUGUAGGGGUGUUUGCCCACACACAAAGUGUUGUAAAAGUGUGAGGAAACACUGAUAACAGGAAGGAACAUUUCAGUGUCCGAACAAUGCACAACGGUUGUGAUGUGCAUCCUUGACACAAAACAAUGAAGGUGAUCUCAUUUCUUAAAAUCGUUUUAUUUCCCCAGUGCUCUGUCUUUUAUCAGAAUACAUUACUUUAGUUUGAAAUAGACACACAUUGCAAGCAAAAUGCAGUAAGGAAUGUCUAUACUGUUGGCUACUUUACUUUUACUCAAUCAAUUUAAUCGAAGGUCCAAGACUGUUGCAAUUGCGUCAUCAGACACACGAGGGCGCUAAUACAUAAUCAUCCAUUUAGGUGGCAGAGUCUACUUCUUUUUUUUUUUUUUUUACUCUUAUUCCAGUUUCGAUAUAAAAUAUCAGAAAAAUCUUAAUUUUGUUGUAAAACAUUACAAAGCAAUUGUCACACGAAUUAAUAAUGUCAGAUUGGGUUGUGUAAAAUCCCAAAAUGGGUCUCUGCCCAUCUGGGGGUCUACCACACAUGAGAACCGGACGUGAAGAGGCGGUGGUGUCUCCUGCCUUGUUGCGGCCCCGCCCCUCUUCCUCACUUGUCCACACCAUCCAGGAACCUCCCUGCCUGGUCAGACACGCCUGGCUCGCUUCCCUCUUUGCCGCGCACUGCAGUUUAGUUUAUCGAUGCUGCCUCGACUCCAAGUCUGGUUUCCACGUUGGAUUAAUCAAGAAACAUGAGCCACUGACUGCAAAGUUCCUCUUCAGGGCUGAGGUUGGCUCUCCACAGGGCAAGCAGUGUUUGCACUGCGGCCUUCCGGCUGUGACACAGAUAGGGAAAGAGGACACCCGAGGACCAUGGAUCUCAGCAACGACGUGGACCUGUCCAACAAUAACAUCAUGCCCUUGUGGAAACGGCGCACAGACAACUGCAAAAUGCCGCAGGAUUUGAGGAAACCUCGGCCCAGGAGCUACCACAUGAACGGCGUCGCGACGACGGACUUCCCUGUGGAGGAGUGUGCGUUCGCCUUGAGCCAACCGGCGGAGAAACUGGCAGUCACGGCCCCAUGUGCGGGCAAAAAUACUGCAGUGUUAAAGCAUGUUUUGCACAAACCUUCCAAAAAGUCCAGAGUUGUUCGGAGCAUUAGCAUUGGGCACAUCGCCAACGGACGUUUUUCCUUGUCUAAAUUCAAGUCUGAGAGCAGCAGAUCUGCCUCACUGGACAACAGAGUGCGUAAUGGAGAGUACAACACAGGAAACCACAGCAACGGAGUGACAGUGUGGCCAGACAAGUGUGUCAGGGAUCCUCAAGGACUCAUUUCUAGUGUGUUUAGUCUGAGCCUGCCUAAGGAGAAGAUAUCAUUCAACCUGUCCCCACCUGAAGGGGUUCCACACACUCCUAACAAUAACCAACUCGAACUGUCCUUCUCGCCUCUAACAAGCCCGUCUCCUCCAGCUAGACGGAGUCCUUCCCACAGCUCCAUGUCUAGCAUCCCCUCCCUAACCUCCCUCACCUCCUCCGACCCCCCAACACCUCGUUCCUCCUCGCCGGCCGACAGCCGGCUGCCGCCCCUCAGACAGUCGUCGCCUCCGCACGCCUCUUCACAAGACACCAGGCAUGCAUCUUCUUCCUCUCCUUCUCCCUCUCUUUCCCCGCGUAUGUCACCGUGUCCGUCUGUGGUUCUCAGCACCCACAGCCCCGCUGCCCUGAAGAUGGGGACCCAGCAGCUCAUCCCCAAGGGCUUAGCCUCUGAUAUUCGGCAGAGCAAGGCGACUUCGUCUGGGCCACAAGGCCAAGGGUUGGCAGGGCUGCUGGGGUUGGACACUUCCAAGAGGACAUUAAAAACCCUCAGCAUGGUCGAGACAGGAGCCUAUUUUUCCACGGGAGGGGGUCAUGGUGACGGCACAGAUGGGGAAAAUGAAAGCCCGGGAACAUUAAGGAGGGGCCUGAGGAGUACAUCCUAUCGGAGGGCUGUUGUCAGCGGAGUCGAUCUGGAGGCGCAGUCGCUUUCCCAGCCUGUCAUGAAAGGAUUAGAUAGCGAUAAUAAAACUUCCCCGGCCAGUCCAGGCAGUCCUUGCAUUGUGAAGCCAACCAGCCCGGGGGCACCCAAACCUGACAGCCCACGGACACAAACUCCUCUUGGAACAGCAAAGAGCAAGAUUCCUGAGAAGAGGAACCUUUUGACCCCUCAGCGGACCUUUGACAGUGAAGAGGAAGAACUGUACCAGAACUAUCAGGAAAAGGCCUUGCAUAACGAUUCGGAUGAAGAUGCCGAUUCCAGAGAACCCCAAGUAGAUAACGCCAUUGUGGUGCAAUACAGACCCAUACGGACCUCCUGGAGCCAGCUUAGCGUGGUCAAGAAAAGCGGCCUGUUCGAUCGGAUGAGCCAGGAAGAACGCAAAAGACAAGAGGCCAUCUUUGAAGUGAUCUCCUCCGAACACUCCUACCUCCACAGUCUUGAGAUCCUGAUCCGCAUGUUCAAGAACUCCAUGGAGCUGAGCGAGGCCAUGACCAAGACAGAACACCACCACCUCUUCUCCAACAUCGCUGAUGUCUGUGAGGCCAGCAAAAAAUUCUUUAAGGAACUGGAGGAGAAACACCAGCGCAACAUCGUGAUCGACGACAUCAGCGAUAUCGUUUGCAAGCACGCAAAAUCCAACUUUGAUCCUUACGUCACGUACUGCUCCAACGAGGUCUACCAGCAGAGAACCCUGCAGAGACUCCUGUCCAAGAAUCCAGUUUUUAAGGAGGUGCUGACCAGGAUCGAGGGCCACCCUGAGUGCAGGAACCUCCCCAUGAUCUCCUUCCUGAUCCUGCCCAUGCAGAGGAUCACACGUUUGCCCUUGCUCAUGGAUACAAUUUGUCAGAAGAUUCCCAAAGACUCUGCGCAGUAUGAAGAGUGUAAGAAAGCCUUACAUGCUGUCAGCAAGGUGGUAAGAAAAUGCAAUGAGGGGGCGCGCACCAUGGAGAGAACGGAGAUGAUGUAUACCAUCAACUCCCAGCUGGACUUUAAGAUCAAGCCUUUCCCCCUGGUCUCCUCGUCCAGAUGGAUGGUGAAGAGAGGAGAGCUGACGGCCUUCGUAGAGGACAACGGUAUCUUCCUCAAGCGGACGUCACGACAACAGGUCUACUUCUUCCUCUUCAACGAUGUCCUCAUCGUCACUCGAAAAAAGAGCGAGGACAGCUACUCUGUAAUCGACUACGCCUUGACGGACCAGAUCUGGGUGGGCUCCUGCCAGCCCGAGGAGCUCAACCUGUCGCCGGUCCGCAGCACCGCCAGCAUGCUGAGCUCACGGCAAGCUGGCGCAAACCAUCUCUUCCGACUGCGUUUCCUCAGCAACCACUCUGGUGAAAAGGUGCCCAUGAUCUUGGGGACGGAGUUAAUGAAUGAGCGUGCAAGGUGGAUCAGCGCCCUGGGCAACAAAGUCAACAAGGACAAGACGGAACAGGACAGAAUGAAUGCCGUCCAAGUGGAAGUGAUCCGAACCUACACAGCCAAGCAGCCUGAUGAGUUGGCCCUGCAGGUGGCUGACGUGGUGCUGGUAUCCCAGACUGUAGACGACGGUUGGUACGAGGGCGAGCGGCUGCGUGAUGGUGAGAAAGGCUGGUUCCUCGCCGAGUGCGCCCAGCCCAUCACGUGCCAGGCCACCAUAGAGCGCAACAUGCAGAGGAUGGACCGCCUGCAAGGACUGGAGACCAAUGUGUGACCUCGGUUUCCCAUGCUGUGACGCCUUCAGGGACUUCAGAAGUCAGCAUGAAGAUAGAGAUUGUUCAUCAUGUGAAGGUCUUCAUCUAGUCCAAAGCCUCGAGCUGCUGGUGCACCGUCUUUCUAGUUCUUCCACACCAACCUCAUCCAACAGGGCCUCUUCCCACAAGUUGGAAGCACAUGACUGUGCAGAAGGUAUUGGUAGAAUGAAGGUACAGCAAUGCCGUUAUGACGAAAGAGCAGGUUUUGGUCUAAAAUGACUCGUCAAAAGUCUUAAGGCACUUUAUUUUUUAAACUCCUAAUAUGCAUCAUGUCUACUAGCCGAAGCAGAAGGGAAGAAAAUCUGCUGUCAGCUGACACACACACACAUUCGUAUUCUUUCGACAUUUACACCCCCCCUCAGGGUGACGCUGCAGCAUCAUGAAGCUUGCAUGAACUUGUGUGAGGCGGCCAUUCGCUUUCUUUUAGCUUUGAGUCAUCGUUUUCUUCCCCCGGCGUGAGGAAAUGAAUGGCCAGGUCUGAGUGCGGUGACGGGACCAUCUGUCACGCCCACGGCUCUGACGACACAGCCGCUACUGUUGAAGUAGCGGCAGCGGUGGCGUGGCGGGCAAGGACCCUCAAGGAGGCAAGGCUUUUUUUUUUUUUGCCAAUUGUCCUCCCAAUGAAUGAAUUGAAAUAUGUUGCGUCCCAUGUGUAAAUAUGUGAAGUCUUUUCUAAAUGCACAUCGAUAUACUGAAACUUGCUUGUUAAAAACACAAAUGCAUAAAAAACAGCUCUUGUAUAAGUGUACCUAAUGAAGAGUCCAGUGAUUGUUUGUAGCCCAAACAUAAAUAAAAAAAAAAACGUAUGACUGUGACGCGUCUGGGCCUGCUUGACAUGUAUAGUUUGGCUUUUUAAGGACAUGAUCUACAGCAGUGGGCCGCACAGGAAGAAAAAAUAAUUUCCUUUAUUUGUUUGUUUUAUUUUGAAAAGUGGCCGGAUUCUCUCCGUUACAUCCGUCUCACUUGACGCAUGUCCAUUGUGCGUGUGCUAACUUUAUCUCAUGCCGCACAGAUAGACUACUACUGUAUUUUUACCAUUUUUCUUUCACCUCAUAUUUGGUCUCAAAUGCAUAAAAGUAAGUUUGGAUGACUUAUUGAGUGUUAAUGUGUUCAUUUGUCUCAAGUGAAUUCAUGCUAGCGCACUGCCUUUUACCACACACGUCAAACAGCGAUGUAAUCAUCUCUCUGGAAACACUUGGCUGGAACUUGAACUGGUGGAUGGUGGGUCGCCAUUCAUUUUGUGCUUUUAAUUUGAUGUUAUUCAUGUCUUAGUUUUACACGAUACAUAAUAAAUAAG